UAAACUCGUCUUCAUCUCGGAUGGCCCGAGAGAGUACAUUUUCAGCAAAUUAAAAUUUCUGGAUGAACUGUUCCUUUAAAAUAAUGCUCAUUGCUUCAUAAAAUGUUUUUUCUGUCUGUUUAGUGUCUAUUCAUUUGAUUGCAAUUGUUAUUAAGUUAAGUAGACUGGCAUUGUGUUUUUAUGUUUGUCUGUUGUGUAACGAUAAUGUCAGGAGAAAGUCUUUUGGAUUCAUGUGAUGUUUUUUUAUGAUUCUUAUUUUCCGUUUGAUCUGUGAAGUUGGUGGGGCCGUAUUGUGUAAGUGUGAGUGUCUAUGGAGCUCUAAAAGCAGGAGGAGGUAAGAAGCUUUGAGUGGCAGGCGGUCCUAUGGAAGUGCUCACCGAGAGAGGCCGGCCCCUCGCAGGAUUAAGUGGGAUAGAAAAGGAUUACAAUCUGAGUUUCCAGAGACAUUUUAUAGUAAAAUCACAUGCAUGUUGUCAGGCCAGAAGCAGAAGAUCACCUUAAUAUAAAUCUGAACUGACAAGAUGCUCCGCAGCUAGAAUGAAGAAGCAUCAGUGUGGUAUGGCAGGACUGUAAGAAGGACUCCAGUGAUCUGAUGAACAGAGACAUUUUUUCAUGCGGCAAUCAAUGGAGGAGGAUCCAGUGAUGCAACCUGGACAUGAUGACAAUGAUGUGGGUUUGGCUCAGAUCUUGACCGAAGUGGUAGAGGAAGUGAGACUGUCCAUAGACAGAGACAUUAACGGUGCUGAUCUUCUGUACAGUCUCCUCAGUGCUCCUUGGCUUUACUCUCUUCUCAGGGUAUAUGAGUGUCUGGUGCAGCACAGUCAAGAUGCCCCAAGCCCAUACCUGUCUUAUUCCUUGAGACUAUCUCAGGAGAUUAUGGCCAGUGUGCCAGGACUGGCUGCUCCCUCCUUUGAGGCACAAGAACUUUAUAUUUUGCUGAAAUGCCCUCAUAUGCAGGCUUUGCUCUCUGCUCAUGAUUCUGUGGCCCAGAGGGACUACGGUCCAGUGCUGCUGCCUCUUCCUGACAAACUGCCUGACAAUGAGGAGGCCAUGAGGAUUGUUUGCCUUGUGAAGAAUAAACAGCCUCUGGGCGCAACUAUUAGGAAGAAUGAAAAAACAGGGAAUAUCUUUAUUGCAAGGGUGAUACAUGGAGGACUGGCAGAUCGCAGUGGACUUCUUCAUCCUGGCGACAAGCUGGUGGAAGUGAAUGGACAGAAAGUGCGGGGACUGCAGCCUGAGCACAUCAUUCAGAGGCUGGUGCAAUCUCAAGGAAAUAUUCUUUUUAAAGUGAUCCCUAAUACACCACAACCCACCAACAGCCAACCAGCCCUGCAUGUGAGAGCCAUGGUGGAUUACAGUCCUCUGCAGGACCCCACGAUCCCCUGCCCAGAUGCAGGCAUGGCCUUCAGUAAAGGAGACUUGCUGAAGAUUGUUGACCAGACGGACAUCCGAUGGUGGCAGGCCAGGAAACUCCACAGUGCCUCAUUGUGUUGUGGCCUCAUCCCCUCCACUAACCAGUUCAAAUGUAAGCAAAGAGAGUUGUGGUGGUCCCAACCUUAUCAGGCUCACACCUGCAUCAGACCCUUGAGUGCAACAGAUGUUGGAGAAGAGGAGAUAUCAGAUGAGAACAAAUGCAUUGAAACAGAUGGAGAUUUUGAGUUCGAGGAGGGUGAGAAUGGUGAAUAUAUGCAGGGAUUAUAUAUAGCGGGGUUCCGACACAGUCUGCGUGUAUGGAGGAGGAAAUCAAACAGUAAGCGAAAGCCGUCAUGUUAUUCCUGUGGUGUCAGCAGCUGCCAUAACACCUCAGCCACCCUUUAUGAAGAGGUGGUCCACUACCAGCGCCACAUAGACGAUCCCCCCCGUCUCAUUGUGCUCAUUGGUCCAUCGGGAGUUGGUGUUAAUGAACUACGCAGGAGGCUAAUCAAAAUCAACCCUAAUACGUACCAGGGACCAAUAUCUCACACAACACGGUCCCAGAAAAUGGGUGAGAAGAAUGGGCGUGAAUAUUACUUUGUGACCAAGGAAGUGUUCGCGUACAUGGUGGUUAAUCACAAAUUUCUCGAGUAUGGAGAGCAUAAUGGACACAUGUACGGCACCAGCUUAGACUCGGUCCAAGAUGUUUUGGACAAUGGAAAAAUAUGUGUUAUUGACCUUGAACCUCAUUGCAUUCAUUCAGUCAGAUCCAAGAAGCUGAAGCCCUACAUCAUAUAUGUGCGGCCUCCGUCUCCGGCCCGCAUGAAGCAAACAAGAAAAGACCCACAUUUUCUUUCCAAUAGAUACAUCAAGAGAUACUUUUCUGACAAAGACUUUGAGGAGAUUGAGGAAGCAAGCAGGACUAUGGAGGCCAAGUAUCGUCAGUACUUUGACUGUGUGAUUGUGAACGAUGAUCUGCAAGAUUCAUGCAUGGAUCUGUUCACGGCUAUACAACAUGCUCAAGAAGAACCACAGUGGAUUCCUGCCAGCUGGUUUGCUCCCGAUCAUCCAUGAUGCAUAAGAACAAACAAGGGGAUUUUUGAAUGGAUGUAAUUAAUGUAAAAACAAAUGCCUUUGUUAGUAGUUUAGGAAAAAUGAACUUUCAUGUGAACCCCUGAGUAAAAUUGUGCAAUUGUUACCAACAAUCGUCUGGAUUAUCAUUUUACAGGCAGUACAUAGUACAUAUACUGUAAACACAUGUUUAGGCCUCGAGGGUCUUCACUAAUGUCUUAUGAGAUCUAUAGGUUUAUUUCUGGUGAUUUCAACUAUGUUUACACUAGUGUAGAAGCAUGUGCUCAUGCAUGUGCUAAAGUUGAGUUGCAAAUACGACCAAGUCAAAAGAGCUCUCACAAAAGCUACAGAGAAGAAAUAUCAUUACAAAAGGCUGCAAGACAUCACUAAGGCUGAUGAUACACAGGGCGAAUGUAUAAGCAGUUUUGCCGGGCAGCUGUUUUGAGCAACAUUGCUCAAGCACUUUCCCAUUGAGAAUGGGUAACACAUUUCUAUCUGGAUACUUCACCUGGUUGCCUGUUGACGGCAGCAUUGCUCAAAAAGUUGCCCCGUGUAUCAUCAGUCUAAAUUAAAAGACACAACUGACAGCCUUACUCAAGUUUAAAAUGUGUUGUACCAGAAAAACUCUGAUGGCGUUAAAGAGAAAGCACAAUAUCAUCAAGGGGAAUAAACCCUAGAUUUACCUGCAAGAUGGCCUGAUGAAAGAAUGAAGAAACAUUUCAAUGGAGCAUAUUGGAGGAACACUAUACAAAUAUGGCCUUCAUGUCAGGACACCUUACCGAAUUCCACUCUUCACAAAUAAUAUAAAAGGCUGACUUGAAUAUGCUAAUAUUAAUUUGUGGAGUUCAGAAAAAAAUGUUUUAUAGCGUAAUGUGACCAAACUGAACUUUUUGGACCCAUGGACCCAAAAAAAAAGGCAAAGCUUAUGAGCAGGAGAAGACCAUUCCCAUAGUCAAACGUGGUGGAGCAAUCCUGUAUGAAGGACAUUAUGGAUUCUUGGAAGUAUCAGGCCAUUUUGGCGAAGACUGAUGUCUUCAAUAUAGAGACUGAAACUGAUGAUCAUUGGACUGCAGAACAAUUAUCCAAUAGUAUACAUCCACAACUUCUGGGCUAAGAUUUAAGAGGAGAGGUGUCAGAAGCUUGUGAGCACUUA